CGGCCGGGUGGGGAAAGAGGCUGAGCUCGAGGCAGCGGCUUCAGAACUCAGUCCUCGGGCCCCAAGGCUCCAGGGCCGCCGCCGUCGCUGGUGAGUUGAUGCGGACAGAAACUGGUCGCGCCAUGCCCUUCCCGGACCUGAGACCCUGGGCCUCUUUGCUGCUAGUGGACUUGGCCUUACUCUGGCUGCUUCGGGGGACCGUGGGGGCUCUGCUGCCCCAAGGACUCCCUGGACUUUGGCUGGAAGGAGCUGUGCGGCUUGGAGGACUAUGGGGGUUGCUAAAGCUGGGAGGGCUGCUGAGGUUGGUGGGACCUUUGCUGUCCCCGCUUGGCCUGGCCACCCCGCUGUUUCUCUCGCUGAGAGCCUUGGUGGCAGGGGCCGUGAGCACGCCUCCAGUCCGAGUGGCCUCGGCGUCCUGGAGCUGGCUGCUGGUAGGGUACGGGGCAACCGGGCUGAGUUGGGCCGUGUGGGCCGUGUUGAGCGCCCCAGGAGCCGGGGAGAAGGCACAGGGCCAAGAGAACAGCCGAGCUCUGAUGUGGAGGUUGCUGAAGCUGUCCAGGCCAGACCUGCCCUUCCUGGCCGCCGCCUUCUUCUUCCUGGUGUUGGCCGUUUUGGGUGAGACCUUAAUCCCUCACUAUUCUGGGCGUGUGGUUGACAUCCUGGGGAACGAUUUUGACGCUGAGGCCUUUGCCAGUGCCAUUUUCUUCAUGUGCCUCUUCUCUGUGGGCAGCUCGCUGUGUGCAGGCUGUCGAGGAGGCUUCUUCACCUUCACCAUGUCCAGAAUCAACCUGCGGAUCCGAGAGCAGCUCUUCUCCUCCCUGCUGCGCCAGGACCUGGGCUUCUUCCAGGAGACUAAGACAGGAGAGCUGAACUCCCGGCUGAGCUCUGACACCUUGCUGAUGAGCCGCUGGCUGCCGCUCAACGCCAACGUGCUCCUACGAAGCUUGGUCAAAGUGUUGGGGCUCUACGGCUUCAUGCUGCGCGUGUCGCCCCGGCUGACCCUCCUCUCUCUGCUCCAUGUACCCCUGACCAUAGCAGCAGAGAAGGUGUACACCAGCCGCCAUCAGGCAGUGCUGUUGGAGAUCCAGGACGCAGUAGCGAAGGCGGGCCAAGUGGUGCGGGAGGCCGUGGGUGGGCUGAAGACUGUGCGCAGUUUUGGGGCCGAGGACCAUGAGGUCUGUCGCUACAAGGAGGCCCUGGAAAGAUGCCGGCAGCUGUGGUGGCGUCGGGACCUGGAGCGAGCCCUCUACCUGCUCCUGCGGAGGGUGCUGCACCUGGGCAUGCAGGUGCUGAUGCUGCGCUGUGGGCUGCAGCAGAUCCUGGCGGGCGAGCUCACCCGGGGAGGGCUGCUGUCCUUCCUGCUCUACCAGGAGGAUGUGGGCAGCUACGUGCAUACGCUGGUGUACAUGUGUGGGGAUAUGCUGAGCAACGUGGGAGCUGCGGAGAAGGUGUUUCGCUACCUGGACCGGCAGCCAGAUCUACCCCCAACAGGGACGCUGGCUCCUCCUACGCUGCGGGGGACCGUGGAAUUCCAAGAUGUCUCCUUUGCCUAUCCCAAUCGCCCUGACAAACCUGUCCUGCAGGGGCUGACUUUCACCCUCCGCCCUGGUGAAAUGACCGCCUUGGUGGGACCCAAUGGGUCCGGGAAGAGCACAGUGGCUGCGCUGCUGCAAAACCUGUACCAGCCCACUGGGGGGCUCCUGCUGCUGGACGGGGAGCCCCUAUCGGCCUAUGAGCACCACUACCUGCACAGCCAGGUGGCAGUGGUUGGCCAGGAGCCUGUGCUGUUCUCCGGUUCCGUGAGGGACAAUGUCGCCUAUGGGCUGGCUAGCUGCAGCGACGACGAGGUGAUGGCUGCCCUCCGGGAUGCCUGUGCUGACGGCUUCGUUAUGGAGAUGGAGCGGGGUAUCUUCACAGAUGUUGGGGAGAGAGGGAGUCAGCUGGCAGUGGGGCAGAAGCAGCGCCUGGCCAUUGCCCGGGCCCUGGUGCGGGACCCGCAGAUUCUCAUCCUGGACGAGGCUACCAGUGCCCUGGAUGUCCAGUGCGAGAAGGCUCUGCAGGACUGGAGAUCCCGUGGUAACCGAACAGUGCUGGUGAUCGCCCAUAGGCUGCAGACACUACAGAACGCCAACCAGAUCCUGGUGCUGAAGCAGGGGCAGCUGCAGGAGCAGGCGCAGCUCCGGGAGGGCCAGGACCUCUACUCGCGCCUGGUGCAGCUACAGCAGCAGCUGCAGGACUGAGCCCGGGAAGCCUGGCUCUUCUUGGUGCCACCUCGUGACCUGUGACCCACAGUGGCUCCUGCGUUGCUUUUCCCUGGUGCUGAGCCCUGGGUGGGUAUGCCUGGGAGCUGUGGCAGAACGGAGGUGUGGACCCUGUGUGCUUUGGUGGGGUGGAGGAGGCCAGAGGGGAUGGGAUGUGUGCUCUCUGGGUCUGUAGACCUUAUUUCCUUGGGGAACAGAAGUUGUUGGAUUCAGAACUGUGUGUUGUGGCAUAAUAAAUAUAUUUAAAAU